GAUGGGGGCCACAGAAUUUGAGGGUACACUAGACCCAGAGGUUGCUGAGAGAUGGUGGGAAAAAGUCGAAGAUGUGAUGAACUUAAUAAAUUGUACUCCAGAGGAUCGACUUAAGUACGUUGUUUCUUUGUUCGUGGGUAAUGCCUUGAUUUGGUGGAGGUCUGUAAAGAGGGGAUAUGAGCCAAGAGAAAUAACUUGGGCUGAGUUUCAGAAAGAAUUUGAUGAUAAAUACAGACCCAAGAUGUACCGAGACAAGAAGAGGAUGGAGUUUCUGAAUUUAGUGCAAGGGGAUGAUCAGACAGUGGCAGAAUAUGAACUCCGUUUUGCAACAUUAGCCAAAUAUGCACCAGAAGCAAUAGCGACGCAGGAGGAUCGUUGUUACCGUUUUGAGCAAGGGCUACGACCGGAGAUCAGAAGAGGUCUCACAGUCAGAAUUACAAAUUUUAAAACUCUUAAACUCUUCCAGGAGUUGCCAAUUUCUAUUGCGCCGUACAGAAUGGCUCCAGUGGAAUUACACGAGCUCAAAAAGCAAAUUGAAGAAUUAUUGGGGAAAGGGUUUAUCAGGCCAAGUACUUCGCCGUGGGGAGCACCAGUGCUGUUUGUGAAAAAGAAAGAUGGGAGCAUGAGGUUAUGCAUCGACUACCGCCAAUUAAACAGAGUAACAGUAAAGAAUAAAUAUCCACUGCCGAGGAUUGAUGACCUGUUAGACCAGUUAAAGGGAGCUACAAUAUUUUCAAAGAUCGAUUUGAGGUCUGGUUAUUGGCAGUUGAGGAUAGCAGAGAAUGACAUACCGAAGACAGCUUUCCGUACUCGUUAUGGUCAUUAUGAGUUUCUGGUGAUGCCUUUUGGGUUAACAAAUGCACCAGCGGCAUUCAUGGCAUUAAUGAACCGUACAUUUCAGGAAUAUCUGGAUCACUUCAUUAUUGUAUUUAUAGAUGACAUUUUGGUAUACUCGAAGGAUAGAGAUGAGCAUGAGCAACAUUUGAGGAUAGUCUUACAGAUUUUGAAAGAGAAGGAAUUAUAUGCUAAGUUAAGCAAAUGUGAAUUUUGGGUAAAUCAGGUGGUUUUCCUUGGGCAUGUAGUAUCUGGUGAUGGGGUUAUGCCUGAUCCUUCAAAAGUAAAAGCUAUUAUGGAGUGGAGGGUGCCAAAGAAUGCUACUGAAGUCCGAAGCUUCUUAGGCUUGGCUGGAUUACAGGAGUUUGUUGAGGGUUUCUCUAUAAUUGCCGGUCCUCUAACCAAGUUGCUAAGAAAGGGGGUAGAAUUUCAGUGGACGGAACAGUGUCAACAAAGUUUUGAUGAGUUGAAGAAGAGGCUGACCUCCAAUCCGAUUUUGGUUUUUCCAUCUGCUAGCGGUGGAUAUAUAGUGUAUACAGAUGCUUCUAAACGGGGUUUGGGAUGUGUGUUGAUGCAAAACGGAAAGGUAAUUGCUUAUGCGUCCCGUCAAUUGAGGAACCAUGGAUUAAAUUAUCCUACACAUGACUUGGAGUUAGCCGCGAUUGUGCAUGCACUGAAGAUCUGGAGACAUUACUUGUACGGAGAAAAAUUUCAGAUCCUUACUGACCAUAAAAGUUUGAAAUAUAUCUUGACACAAAAGGAAUUGAAUUUGAGACAGAGAAGGUGGAUAGAAUUGCUGAAGGAUUAUGAUUGCACUAUUGACUUCCAUCCAGAGAAAGCGAACGUGGUAGCAGAUGCUUUGAGUAGAAAGAGUUCAAGUAUAUUAGCCAAUCUGGGGAGUCACAAUCAGACAUUGCUGCUGGAGAUGAGGUCUAUGAAUACGAAACUAGAGGUUGAUCAGGUAGCGGGUUUAUUGGCAGCCUUGCAAAUUAAACCAGACUUUGUGGAUCAGAUCAAAGAAGCACAGACUCGAGAUGCUUUCUUAUUACGAAUGUUGGAAAGAAUAAGACUUGGUAAGAAAACAAAUUUUUCAAUAAGAGGUGAUGGAGUACUAGUGAAUGGGGGACGAGUUUGUGUGCCUGAUACAGAUGGGUUACGCGAAGCAAUUUUGCAGGAAGCUCACAAUUCACCAUACACCAGCAGUGAGAUUAUGACCACUAGUGUCUCUAAGGAUAAAAUCCCUGAAGCGGUUUUAUCUGAUGACUCCAAAAGCAAUGAGCAAGAUCUCGAGGACAGUUACGAGAUGUCUAUUAAUUAUGCUCAUAACAGUUUAGGUUGGUAUCGUAAAGAAAUUGAAAUGAAUGAUAUUUUUGCCUAUUCUGUAGCCGUCCAAAUCAUGGAUGAAGAUGAAAAUGAUCCUCAAACUAUGGAGGAAUGUAGACAUCGAAAUGAUUGGAAAAGUUGGAAAAAGGCCAUACAAGAUGAGCUAGACUCACUAAAUAAACGAGAAGUAUUUGGACCUAUAACUCCAACACCAAAAGGUGUCAAACCUGUUGGCUAUAAGUGGGUGUUCAUACGCAAGAGAAAUGAACGAAAUGAAGUUGUAAGGUACAAAGCUAGACUUGUGGCCCAAGGCUUUACUCAAAAGCCCGGAAUUGAUUUUACUGAAACAUAUUCACCUAGGACAGAGUCGGGAUUUGUAAUCAUAGCUGUGUAUGUUGAUGAUUUGAAUAUUAUUGGAUCUCCUGAAGAGAUUCGACAAGCAGCUAAUUACUUAAAAAGUGAGUUUGAGAUGAAAGAUUUAGGCACUACAAAGUAUUGUCUCGGCCUGCAGUUCGAACAUACUAAGGGUGGAAUUUUCAUUCAUCAAUCGAACUAUAUAGAAAAAGUCCUUAAGCGUUUUCAUAUGGACAAAGCUCAUCCAUUGAGUACACCUAUGGUAGUUCGAUCGCUUGAUGUUAAUAAAGAUCCAUUUCGUCCUCCAGCACAUAACGAUGAGAUUUUGGGUCCAGAAGUACCAUAUCUCAGUGCAAUUGGUGCAUUGAUGUAUCUUGCUAAUAAUACCCGACCAGAUAUAGCAUUUUCUGUUAAUCUACUAGCAAGAUAUAGUUCAACACCAACAAAGAGACACUGGAAUGGUGUUAAACACGUUCUACGUUAUUUACGUGGAACAAGUGACAUGGGACUAUAUUUUGAAAGGCAUGAUGAUGCCAAAACAACCAAAUUAGUUGGUUAUUCAGAUGCAGGGUAUUUAUCUGAUCCACAUAAAGCUAUAUCUCAAUCUGGACAUAUAUUCAUGUAUGGUGGAACUGCUAUUUCAUGGCGUUCAACCAAACAGACUUUGGUAGCCACCUCAUCAAAUCAUGCAGAAUUAAUCGUGUAUGGCUUAGAUCACUAA